AUGUCGAGACAUGGCGCACCGUCAAGAGUGACGGAAUAUGACGAACGUGAUACUUAUUAUCGAGGACCAGCACCUCCUCCUCCAGCUCAAGUUCGAGUACGAGAGCGUGAUCAUGAAGAGACUAUUGAUUUCAAUACCAGAAGAGGUCCAGAAAGGCCUCGAGAGCGAAGGCGUUCAUUGGAUUUCUUACGAGAUGAUUUUGCGCGAUCAGAACCAGGUCAGAUUGUUGUAAGAGAUCGCGAAACCGAAACCUUUAAUGACAGACCACUUGUGCGAAGACCACGAUCACCUUCUCCUCCACGUUUCCGUGAGAGAAUUGUAAGAAGUGAGGUGGAAAGACGAGAGCCUUCUCCACCACCCGAGAGAGUUCGAACACGCAUCGUGGAAAGAGAAAAGGAAAUCCAAAGAUCUCCAUCACCCCCACCACAACUUCGCGCACGAGUUAUAGAGACUAGGCAAAGGUUUAGAGAACGCUCACCAUCUCCUCCAGCACCACUAUCUCCAGUUCGCAUUCGCGAGAGAAUUAUUGAGCGAGAAAGAGAAAGAGAGAGGUCACCUUCCCCACCACCACCACAAGUUGAGAGAAUUCAUACCCGAAUUGUCGAAAGAGAGAGAGAAAGAGAACCUUCUCCAUCACCAUCUCCCCCACCAACCCCACCACCCGAGAUUAUUCGACCACCACCCAUUCACCGAGAGAUUAUUACACAUCAUCGUCACAUUGAUCAUGGUUUCGAACGAGCUCCCGCACCAAGUCCACCCCCACCACCUCGUCGUGUCCACACCCCCGCACCACCAAAAACAGAAAAGACUGAAAUCGACAUUUAUCGUUCCGGCAACAACACCGAAGUUGAUAUUACGAAAACAAAAACCGGUGGUCGCGAAAGGGCCAAAUCACCUCCUCCACGACGAGAAUUUUAUGAUGAUUCUAUAUUAUUCGAACAAGAGCGUGAUAAGUUACGUGUCCGAGAUACUCGCGUAGACCUUAGCAGAAGAAGAAGUUUGAGUGCUCGUCCUGAGAAGGAGAGAGUUAAUUUCGACAUUCGAGAUGAAGAUGAAGCCGAUUUUUACAGCCGCAAGGUCCAAGAAAGAGCCGUUAUCGGUGAAGCAUUUAAUGGCGCCACAAAAGAUUGGUCAAUUGUUGAUGUUCCUCCUGGAACCGAAAGAAUCCAACUAGAAGGUGUUGGAGGGGCAAGUCAAGAAAUCACUUGGCAGAGAUUCAACGGUGUACGACGAAGCAAGUUCAAUCCUGAGCGUGAACGCAAGAGAGAAGAACCAGAACGUGUCGAGAAAAGAAUCGAGAUCCGCGAACGUGAGAGAGAAGGUCCCGAUCGCACUAGUGAGCGCAUCGAGAUUCGUGAGCGCCAAAGUGCAGCUCCUUCACCACGCGAAUCUUCAACAACUGUUGACAUUGAAAUCACAAACAACCGUAAACCACGAAGCCAUGCUAGUGGACCUACAUACGAGAGAGAAAGAGAAUAUGAACGUAUCGAGGAAAGCUCCGAUCGCCAAGUCGGCUUCCCAAUACCUCGUGGUCCACCAAAGAGCAGAAUGGGUGAUCUAUGGACUGAAAUUACCAAGGACUUGGUAGCUAAAGAGGCUAUUGAGGAACUCGGUUAUGAUUACGAAGAGACAGAUUUCUUCUUCUACAUUCUUCAAUAUCUCCGAUACCAAGAUGUCGAAGAACUCGUCGCCCUCUCCGAAACUGUCCGUCGCGAACGCCAAGAACGCAUCCGUGAAAUCGAACGUGAACGUGUUCGCAUCGAGCGUCGCGAUAAAGAACGUGAUGAUUGGGAGCGUGCGGAAAGAAGAAGAGAGAGAGAUGGCGGUGGGUAUGAGGAUGAGCGAAUCAUCGAGAGAGAGAUCGUCUGGGAUGAUCAUAGAAGACGUGAGAAACCUAGCAGACGUUGGUAA